AGGUCUGCUCACCUGGUUCUUUCAAAGAGCCAGGGAAUCGGGCAGAUCCUGAUCAUUUGUCGACCUGGCCGACAAUCCUUACCCUCCCUCCGCCUCCGACCACCCCGAUCUUCCUCUUCCCCCCAACCUUGCCGCCAUCUCCUCCUCCGCCGCCGCCGCCGACGCCGCCGACAGCCCUGGACAUCUCCCGCCUACUUCGGAGCAUCGAAGCUCACGAGGACGGCGGGCACUGGUAUUCACGCAGACGCCACCGGGGCACGCGAAGCUGUGUCCCAGGACGAUUCAACUCUCACGCCCGGCCGAGCUGACGGCCGGUCUCCAUCCCGCAAGCGCAGGCGCCUAGCAACCAUGCGGCCAGAUGGGAUUUCAAGCACGAAUGGCUUUUCCCAGGCGUCCUACGGGCAAACCUCGAGAAAGGCCAGCCUGAAUGGCCAACACACUGCGUCAGCAAAUGGAGAGUCGCAGUCAAAUGGGGCCGGGAAACCUUUGACGAGCUCUUACUUUGGCCACAACCGGGAGGAGGUGACGCGGAUCUUGAUCCAGAGCCUGUAUGAGUUGGGUUACAGCACCGCAGCGUCGGCUUUGAGCUCUGAGAGCGGCUAUCAGCUGGAGACACCCGGUGUUGCAACAUUCCGGAGCGCGAUACUCGAUGGAAGGUGGUCCGAGGCAGAAAAGAUCCUCAUUCAGUCUUUCCGAAACAUGGGUCUGAAGAAUGGCCAGAAAGGUGCUUCCGAAGGAACACUGGUAUUGGCAGAGGACGCGGACAGGAGUGAAAUGCUGUUCUACCUUCGCCAACAGAAAUUCUUGGAACUCCUCGAAGCACGCGAGUUAGGCUCAGCGCUCCUAGUGCUUCGGCAAGAACUUACGCCGUUGAACUACGACGUGGACCGGCUCCAUGCGCUUUCAAGUCUCCUAAUGUGCCCGACGGAGCUGCUUCACGAGCAGGCAGGAUGGGAUGGCCCAAUCAGCUCCUCCCGAGAACGACUGCUGGCCGACUUGUCAAAAUCCAUCUCGCCCUCGGUCAUGAUCCCCCAGCAUCGUCUUGCAAUCCUAUUAGAUUAUGUGAAACAGGGUCAGAUCAGCAACUGUCUCUAUCAUAAUACCGCUGAAGCGCCAUCACUCUAUUCCGAUCACAUGUGCGACCGAAGCGACUUCCCUCUGGAUGUCACGGCCAACCUCAAUCAGCACAUCGACGAGGUUUGGCACUGCGGGUUUUCCCACGACGGAUCCAAAUUGGUUACUGCAGGCCAGGAUCGAACGGUGUUGAUAUAUGACACAAGCACUUUCACGGUAAUCCAUCGAUUGAAUGGACACUCGGACGGAGUUGCCUUUGCCAGCUGGAGUCCCGAUGAUUCCAAGCUUAUCACUUGUUCACAAGACAGGACGGCCCGUGUGUGGAAUGCAGAGACUGGCCGCUGUCUUUUGACUAUCGAUCAUCACUGCUAUCCAGUGACCGCUGCCGGCUGGGCCCCUGACAGUGAAUCAUUUGUGACGUCGUCAUUUGAUGCGAGCUCGGGCCUGUGCCAUUGGAGUAUGCGGGGAACGCCUCUACAUACGUGGAAGGGAGGAUUCCGUACCCAAGAUUGCGCCAUCAGCCCCGACGGUCGACGAGUCGUGGCAGCAGAUACUGAUUCCAAGCUUCACGUAUUCGAUUUCCGCACCUACGAAGAGGACUACUGCCUAUCUCUCCCGAGCAAACCGACAUCCGUUGCUAUCAGCCGGGACUCCAAGCAUAUGCUGGUCAAUUUGACUGAGGGGGAAAUCCAAUUGAUCGAUAUGGAAACUACUGCGGUGGUCCGACGGUUCCGGGGAUACAAGCAGGGCAGUUAUGUGAUUCGCAGCACUUUUGGUGGCGCAGCGGAGAAUUUCGUCGUUAGUGGCAGUGAAGAUUCCCGAAUUUAUAUCUGGCACAAGGAGAACGGCACCCUCGUGGAAACCUUGGAAGCUCAUACCAAGGGUUGUGUGAACUCAAUAUCCUGGAGUCCUACAAACCCAGGCAUGUUCGUCUCGGCCGGAGACGACAAAGCCGUACGCAUGUUCCUGACAAAACCCUACAGCUGGUCCAAAGACCCGGAACGACAUCGCCCAAUUGCUGGAACGAGUCAAAGACGAGGAAUAUCAUCGACUGGGUUCCCACAGACAAGCGCAUUACGGACUACUUCGGCAUUUUAA